GGACGUGCUGCCCAGCGCUCACACCACGCUGCUCUGCCUGCUGUCCCGCCUCAGUGGCCUGUGGGGACUGUGUCCACGCUCCAGCCUCCUGCCUUCCGGCCCCAUUUCCGGCUCUUUCCACCAGAGCAGCCGCCUCCUUUCUCUUGAGGGCGGGCGGUCAUGCGUGUUCUGUGUGUCAUGGUCACGGCCUGAACCUUGUCAAAUCCUGUGCUCGCUGGGUGGACACAAGCCAGAGGGGGGCCGUGGCCUCAAGGUCAGGGAGGUGUGGAGGGGGCUCCUCCAGGACCAUGGCCCCCGUGCUCAGAGAGGGAGCACGGUGUGCGGAGGGGAUGCAUGGUGGUCCAGCCUGACCCCCAGGUCAGAAAGGCCUUGGGCCAACGUGUGUCCCUAGAGGGGGUUCCACUCUGGCCGGGCCGUCAGGUGACCAGGGAGGUGGGCAGUGUCCCCGGCAGACACAUGGGACUGGGGAGGCUCAGACGUGGGGACACCUGGCAUGGAGGAGGGUUUGGGUGACCCAGAGUGAAGACGGGGAGUCAAGCCGGCCUAUGCACAGAGUGGAAGGUGCGUCCCCAUGGCCUGCUGUCUGCGUGCUGACCCGGUUACCGCCCCGCCGCCCAUGCACGGCUUCUGUCAGGGGCUCUGAGGUUCGUAUACAUUCGAGGAAAGGUGACCUCAAGAUGGAGCCCGAGACAGGCACAAGCAAACGUGGAUGUGACAGCAGCCGUGCAGGACACAGUGGGAAAGCGGAAUGUUCUGGAAGAGGUAAGAGGAGAUACUGCGAACUGUGAGGCGACAGGAUCCACUUUUAAAUAAAGGGCUGAAGACCAGAGCCUUUGGGACAAAAGGAUGUCAGUGUGUGUCUUGUGGACGAAAAUCAGGAGAGGUACCAGGAAAGAAUAAUGGGAAGAUGAAGAGAUAGGAAGUUUGUCAACAGGAGACGGAAAGGGAGCCAGAGGAGAUGAGAGGUCGGUCCAGGAGGCCCAUCAGGUGUGGUGGAGGAGAGGUGGCCUCCGGACCGUGAGGUGGGACCCGUGCCAGCCACCAGUGUGACCUCAUGGGACACGGGCCCCCGUUGGGAGGGGACACAGUGUGAGGGUGGAGAUGUGGGCCCAGAGCCUAGGCUCCAGCCCAGGCAGGAGCCCAGACCCCUGUGAGAAUGUGUGGACUGGCCGCGGCAACACCGGGACAAGGGACAGGCUGGUUUUGUGUGGUUGCAGGAAGAACUGGGAAGAGUUGGAGCCACGUGAGGAGGGCAGAGCAGGUGCUGGGGAAGGUGGCCUGCAUUAAACCACAGAGUAAGGUUGGGGAUUUCUGCCGCAUGUCCUUGUCCCUCUUACCAUGACGACUGAAGUCCUGGGCGUCAUCUGUGCAGUGACAGUAAGAAAGCUCUGCAAGGUUGGCAGAGGGCAGAGUCCCAGGGGCCUGUGGGCCCGACAGGAGGCCCCUGGUAUCUCUCUCUCCACCUGAAUCCCAGGCUUGGAGCCGAAGAGGCUGGCAACGCAGAGACACCCACGGGUGCGGACACACCCCAACAGAAGCCGCUCCCUCUGGCCUGAAGACCAGGAAGACGAUGGUCUAGCAGGACAGACAAUAUCUAAGAACAAACAUGGUGGGAAAGCCUGAGGCCCCAGCUCUGCCCCACCACCGAACAAGGGUGAAUGGGGGCCCACGCCCUCCCUGGGAACAGGGACUUUCGCCCCCAAUGAACCCGGGGGAUACUAGGGUGUCUGGGGGCCCUGGGGGAGCCGGAGCGUCCUUCAUUGCCCAGUGGGAAAGAGGAGCGCCCUGGAUGGCCGCUGUGGGACCAGAGCACACUCCCAGUGUGGGUGUCGUUAGAGUUCUGGAGGGGGCGCCGAGAAGCUGUUUGGGGCAAAAGACAAACCUAGAGAUUUGAGAAGCCUAGCACAGCACGAGUGGUUCACACCCACACGUCAUCAGGGAACUUCUGAUGAGCAGGGACGGGGAGGACCAUGUUGUCCACAGGGAGAACGGAGGACAGCAGCCACGGGGCCCAGGGUCAAGGUGGAAAAGAUGGCGGCCAGCAGGUGGACCGCCUCCUUGAGCCCCGGCACAUGUAGCAGGAGGACAGGGUGGUUUGAAUCGCGCUGUAGCUAGUGACCAUGCUCAGCGGCCCAUCCAGAACCUUCCAUCCAGAAGCCUCCAGGCCCCCGUGCUCUCCCUGGAGUGCUCUCUCCGGCGUUUGGAGAAUCGACACCAGUUCCACAUGGUGUCUCCCGGGAAGAAUGAAGGGGACAACUUCCUUUGUGAGGGGACGAGGGGCUGGCUCAGUUUUCCGAGGGAGCCACAGCCCGAGCCCGCACCUGUAUGUACGAAAUGUCACUUGGAACGGGCAGGGCCGGCUGACAUGAACCUGUCCCUGGGCCACAUGCCAGGGCUGACUUGGCUCCCUCGCGGGACGGCGCCUUUCGGGACCACAGAGUCUGCUGCCGUGAUGAGGACUGCUGUGUGCUGGCAUGUUCCCGGAUACUCGAGCCAAGCUAGAGCCUCCGCUUUCCGUCAGCUCCAUGCGGGCAUCACGAGGCCAUAGGUACUUAGGUCAGUUAACGUCCAUACCAGGAUACCUGAAUCCCUCCAGUAGGACCGAAAUCCUGCAUUUCAUAGACAAUGCAAAGAGAGCCCACCAGCUCCCCGGACACCUGACCCAGGAGCACGACGCUGUGAUCAGCCUGUCUGCCUACAAUGUCAAGCUGGCCUGGCGGGACGGGGAAGACACCAUCCUCAGGGUCCCCAUCCAUGACAUCGCCGCCGUGUCCUACGUGCGGGACGACGCCUCGCACCUGGUGGUCCUGAAGACAGCCCAGGACCCUGGCAUCUCCCCCAGCCAGAGUCUGUGUGCAGAAAGUUCCAGAGGCCUCACCGCAGUCUCCCUGUCAGAGAGUGGAGUGGGGCCUGUGGAGGCGUGCUGCCUGGUCAUCCUGGCGACCGAGAGCAAGGUCGCUGCUGAGGAGCUGUGCUCCCUGCUCGGGCAGGUCUUCCAGAUUGUGUACACAGAGUCUACCAUCGACUUUCUGGACCGAGCCAUAUUUGACGGGGCCUCGACACCCACCCACCACCUGUCUCUCCACAGCGAUGACUCUUCCACCAAGGUGGAUGUGAAGGAGCCGUAUGAGACGGAAGUCAGCACGUUCUCCUUCCCCGAGUGCGCGCACGCAGGCGGCGUGUCGCCCUUGUCCUUCUGUAUGCAGACGGCGCCCCACUCCAAGACGGUCAGUGAGAGCGAGCUGAGCGCCACUGCCACCGAGCUGCUGCAGGACUACAUGCUCACGCUGCGCACCAAGCUGUCCUCGCAGGAGAUCCAGCAGUUCGCGGCACUGCUGCACGAGUACCGGGAUGGGGCCUCAGUGCAUGAGUUCUGCAUCAAUCUGCGUCAGCUGUAUGGGGACAGCCGCAAGUUCCUAUUGCUGGGUUUGCGGCCCUUUAUCCCGGAGAAGGACAGCCAGCACUUCGAGAACUUUCUCGAGACCAUCGGGGUGAAGGAUGGCCGGGGCAUCAUCACCGACAGCUUUGGCAGGUACCGGCGGGCGCUGAGCUCCACCUCCACCUGCACCUGCCCUGGGAACAGGGCCACGGGCAGCUCGGACGACCAGUCUGCGCCCUCGGAAGGGGACGAGUGGGACCGCAUGAUUUCGGACAUCAGCAACGACAUCGAGGCUCUGGGCUGCAGCAUGGACCGGGACUCGGCCUGACCCUCUACUGUGAAGGACGCGCCCUGGGGCGCCGGUGCACGGGCCUGUCCCUGGAGGGAUCCUGGGGGUCCCUUCGGUUUUGCACACGACGUUCCUGUCGAAACCCUCAGAGACCUUCAAAGAAGUUUACUGCGAUGUGAACGAUUCA